GAUGUCAUAGAGGGACAGAUCAGGCUUAUAUUCUACAAGCUGACAGUAUAGACGCAUUUCUGGAUGUGAAAGAGAAGCUCAGCCUCCCUAUCCACCUUCUCCUACAGCUCUCACGUCAUCAUGGACAUAGUGGUGGAAAACAUCUACCUCCUGGUCAUAGUCACCCUCAUCAGCGUACUUCAGAACGCAUUCUUUGCCCUGAAGGUAGAGAAGGAGUGCAUCAGUCAAAAUAUCCGCACACCUGCCUUUGAACGAGUUUCUUGUGCCAACCGUAACUGCAUGGAUUCUUAUCCCACCUUCCUGGCAGUGAUGUGGUGUGCCGGUCUGUGUCUCAGUCAAGCUCCUGCUGCCUUUGCUGGGAUCAUCUAUCUUGUAGUCAGGCACAAGUACUUUGUUGGAUACAUGGGACAAACUUGUCAAAGCACCCCAGGCUACCUGUUUGGAAAACGCAUCCUCUUCUUCCUGGUCCUUAUGUGCAUUGUGGGCAUCUUCAACUACCUGCUGAUGCGCUACUACGGUAGCAACUAUAAGGAAUACGUGGAAACCAUCACCAGCGCUUCAUCUGCUCUUCUCCUCAUCCCUUAGUGCAGUGUGUGUCACAUAAUGGCAACACUCCACAUUUAUCUUUUUACUGAUGAGAACUUAAUUAAAACUCUGUACUCAUGUUUUUGUAAAAGAGAAUUUAAUGUGUU